CGACUAUGCUGCGCUCGACUAGACUACGGCUGCCCUUGCGAGCAUUACAAAGGCCUACCGUCUCCCGAGCGGCGCCUUCGACAUGCACUCCUAGACAUUACGCCACGGCCCGCGCCGAGGGCAAGGAUCCCGUCCAGCUCGACCAGUUGACCACUCUACCAAAUGGCAUCCGCGUCGCAACCGAAGCCCUGCCCGGCCACUUUUCCGGAAUUGGCGUCUACGUUGAUGCCGGUUCUCGCUAUGAGACGCCGGAACUCUGCGGCGUGUCCCACAUCAUCGACCGGCUCGCCUUCAAGUCCACUAAACAGCGCAAUUCGGACCAGAUGCUGGAAAUGUUGGAGUCGCUGGGCGGAAACAUCCAGUGCGCGUCAAGCCGUGAGAGUUUGAUGUACCAGUCGGCGACGUUCAACAGCCGCGUCGAGGACUGUGUGGCCGUGCUUGCGGAGACCGUGAGGGACCCAAUGAUCACCGAAGAGGAGGUGGAACAGCAGUUAAUGACGGCCGAAUAUGAGAUCGGCGAGAUCUGGAGCAAGCCAGAGCUCAUCCUGCCGGAACUUGUGCACAUGGCCGCGUUCAAGGACAAUACACUAGGCAACCCGCUACUGUGCCCGCAGGAGAGGCUGGGUGAGAUUAACAAGAGCGUGGUGGAUGCUUACAGGAAGGUGUUCUUCAGGCCAGAGCGGAUAGUGGUCGCCUUCGCUGGCGUAAACCACCUCGAGGCAGUCAAGCUCACUAAGCAGUACUUUGGCGACAUGAAGAAGGAGCCCGUCCUGUCCCAAGUCGGCUCCGAUGCCACUCUCAACACUACUCCCACACAAGGCCAGUCUACCAUAUCCGGCGUCCCUCCGAACGCUGCCUACGGUGCUUCCGACUCUCAGAAAUCGGGUCUCUUGGGCAAGGUCCCAUUCUUCAAGAACCUCUCUACUUCUGCUCAACACUCCGCUCAACACGCUUCGUCCCUUACCACAUCCUCCACGCAGCCUAUCAACACGCCCUCUCACUACACUGGUGGUUUCCUCUCCUUGCCCUUCAUCGAACCUCCUCCUAAUCCCGCAUUGCCGCGUCUUUCGCACAUCAACAUCGCAUUUGAAACCCCUGGAAUCGCAUCAGAAGACAUAUACGCACUGGCAACGUUGCAAACUCUCCUCGGCGGUGGUGGCUCCUUCAGUGCUGGUGGUCCUGGCAAGGGCAUGUACAGCCGUCUCUACACCAACGUCUUGAACCAGUACGGAUGGGUCGAGAGCUGCGUUGCGUUCAACCACAGCUACAGCGACAGCGGCCUUUUCGGUAUCAGCGCAGCCUGCGAGCCUCGUGCCAUCGGCAACAUGCUGGAGGUUAUGUGCCGCGAGCUGGCCAGUCUGAGCCAGACGGGCGGCUACUCGGCAUUGAAGGAGGCUGAGGUGCAGCGUGCCAAGAACCAAUUGCGUUCGUCGCUGCUCAUGAACUUGGAGAGCCGCAUGGUCGAGCUGGAGGAUCUGGGAAGGCAAGUCCAGGUCCACGGCCGCAAGGUCGGCGUCCAGGAGAUGUGCGACAAGAUCGCUAGCGUCUCCAUUGCAGACUUGAGGAGGGUGGCUGCGCAGGUUUUCGGCGGCAAGGUGAACAACCCUGGAAAGGGUAGCGGUGCGCCGACGGUUGUUCUGCAAGAGGGGUUGUACGAUGGCGAGAACCCGGACCGUAAGAAGCAGUUUGAAUGGGGUGAGAUCCAAGAAAGAAUCGCGCGGUGGAAGCUGGGUAGGCCGUAAAGCCGCGGCAAGGUGUUAGGAGGUGGAAUUUCGUCGCACAACCAUGUUCAGAUAAUGACGACGGGUGGCUGUACGCUGUUUGGUCAUUUGUAAAUGGAGCCGCGGGGGCUAAUGUACUAUAUCACAGCUCUUCUCGUAUAGAAGGAAGGCUUCUCGAAUAGAAGGAAAGAAAAGAUAGAAGACGACGACCACUCCAACUCAUAACCUCUCACCCCC